AUGAUCAAGAAAUUCGUUGUACUGUCAUCGCUUGUUUUACUAUUCGUUAUGCACACUUGGGGUCAUAAUACAUCAGCCAUCAUUUCGUGUCAGCGUUGGGCUCGUGUUUACGAUUGUCCGUCAUACUAUUGCGCUCCGUUGAGUGUUGUUUACGGAGAUCACGACUAUUCAGGUGAAUGUUACGUGUUGAGAAAGCCCAGUGAAAACGUGCCGAAGAGCAGUCCUCGCUGGUAUAAACUUAUUUUACGAAAUCGUCAACGUGGUUUUGUGAAUGGCAUUCAUUGCAGCGGCCCCGUUCGUCGUUGUCAGUAA